AUGGUACGUGGUACGGCCAUUUCGUUAGCAUCGAGCUCUUCCGCACCGAGCUCGUCAUCAACAUCUGGUGCAGCGCUUGCCGGAACAGGCGGCGGAUCUGGCGACUGCUCUUCCGUUGGGGGCUGUGCUAUGACCGGCUCAUGCGCUACGGUUCUCCUACGCUUGGCAUUGCAACAUGACGUCAAAAGCGGACUGCUGCGAUGGCAUGUGGAUGACAAGCUGAACCGCCCUUUUGCAACGGGGCUGUUUGACAUCAUCAUUCGGAAUGCGUUUCAAAAGGGUGUUGGUGGUUCUGCGACUGUCAUCAAGGCUUUCCACAUUGCAUACGUCCUGUAUUUGGUACCCCUUUCCCUAUACCCACAACUUCCCUUUUCCCUUCCUCCCAACCCCACCUAUGUGCCUCUGUUGCCCCUUGUGCAGGGGCAGUCACUCCAGGCCUUCCGCUCACCUCCUCCUCACCCUCUUCCCUUCCUCCCAACCCCACCUGUUGGCAGUCACUCCACGCCUUCCGCUCACCUCAUCCUCGCCCUCUACCCUUCCUCCCAACCCUACCUAUGUGCCUCUGUUGCCCCUUUUGCAGUGGCAGUCACUCCAGGCCUUCCGCUCACCUCAUCCUCGCCCUCUACCCUUCCUCCCAACCCCACCUAUGUGACUCUUGGCAAUCACUCCAGGCCUUCCGUUUACCUCAUCCUCACCCUCUACCCUUCCUCCCAACCCUACCUAUGUGCCUCUGUUGCCCCUUGUGCAGGGGCAGUCACUCCAGGCCUUCCGCUCACCUCAUCCUCGCCCUCUUCCCUUCCUCCCAACCCCACCUAUGUGCCUCUAUUGCCCCUUGUGCAGGGGCAGUCACUCCAGGCCUUCCGCUCACCUCAUCCUCACCCUCUUCCCUUCCUCCCAACCCCACCUAUGUGCCUCUGUUGCCCCUUGUGCAGGGGCAGUCACUCCAGGCCUUCCGCUCACCUCAUCCUCACCCUCUUCCCUUCCUCCCAACCCCACCUAUGUGCCUCUGUUGCCCCUUGUGCAGGGGCAGUCACUCCAGGCCUUCCGCUCACCUCAUCCUCACCCUCUUCCCUUCCUCCCAACCCCACCUAUGUGCCUCUGUUGCCCCUUGUGCAGGGGCAGUCACUCCUGCCAUGUCGCAAGACCCUCCAGCACACUUCCCCUAUGCCCAUAUCCCAUUCCCCCUUGUGUGCUCCCUGCUGCCCCCGUGUUGCCACCUUUGCUGCUCAUCACACCACCAACGGCAAGAAGGUUUCAACCGAUGCCUGCGUCAACCACGACCAGAUCCUCUCGCUUCACAGGAAGGUGAAGGCGGCGAUCAAGAAGUAUCUGGAUGACACUCCUGAUGACCAGCUGCCGUCUUGGGAUGCGGAUCACCAGGGAUGGGUAUUCGGACCGACGGGCACCGUUGUCAUCUCGGGCAGCGGCUUUCCGAAUCACAUCCCCGACGGCGCAGAUCCUGACAAGAGGGACCAGGAGGAGGCGGAGAUCCUGGUGAAGUAUUGCAGGAUGCAGGCCGACAAGGUUGAGGCCAAGAGAGGCUGUCAGGCGCAGGGUGAUGGUCGUGAUGACGAUGAUAACGAGGUAGGCAAUUGGAUGGAUGAAGGGGAUGAUGAGUAUUGA